AUGUCUUCUCUGGUUUCCUCGUUAGGAUACAACUUCAGUGGACAGGUUAGUCCGUAAAACUUUAUUCAAUUCUCGAUAAAUUCUUUUGUUUCAGUUGGUAGCUAGGAUAAUAUCGUUUGGGAUAAAUAUGUACCUUUUACGGGUCAUUGACAACGAUGUACUGGGCCUUGUCAAUGUAAGGUUUGAAAUUUGACGUUUUUAAGAAAAUUUGAAUUGUUCAAAACUCUUCGCUGAGGGUUUUAAAGGAGCACAGAAGAAUUUUGAAAUAAGAAUUUCGAAGCGAAGUGCCGUUUUCAGUGAUUAUUUAGGUUACUUGACGCUUUUCAACAGUUCAGUGACCUUUUUUAAACGGAAAAUUGCGAAAAAUUGCUUACAGGGUUGGCAAAAUUAUUUAAUUUCUCGCUUCGAGACCUUUCUUUGCUCUCUAAAAACCUCCAGCAAAGAUUUUUCAGCUAAAUAUACAUGAAUAGACAGAGAAUUUUCAGAUUAACACUAUUAUAUAACACGAUUUUGUUCCUGACCCGGGAACCCAUGAGAAAAGCGCACAUUUUCCGAGAAAGUCUGCCCCAAUUUAUGAAUUUGGUCUGGUUGAGGUUGGAAUCCUGAAGAUUCAGAAAAGAAGAAAAAUCAAUUUCAGCCCUUUGAUAUCGCUUUUUCUGAGCGUUUUAUUGGUCUUAUUUUGGCAAACUUUUUCAACGAGCGGAACUGAAGUUUCCGCCUUCGUUUUGUGGGCUUCCCCAGUUUCGGCGAUUAUCGAAGCUUUUGCCGAACCGUUUGCCGUUGUUUCCUUGAGGUAAUUAACUUGGAAUUUAGGUGAAAUCAAGCUUUAACGAAUCUAAAAAUAGUAUCUGAAAAUGUGAAAAGCAUGUGAAAAAUGUGAAUAAUCGUUUCUGUAAAAUGUGAAAAUCAAGGUUUGAUUACUUAAAAUCACUAGAAAAUGCGAAAAAUUUACCUAAGAUCAUUGAAAAAAAUGUUUUUAUUUUUUUAUUGGUACUGCACUUUUUUUGAUAUUCAACUUCAAAAUUUUUUUUUGACGCUUGAAAAUUUUUUUGAUUUGGGCUAGAAGAUCAAAAUAAACCAUUUUUUUCCAAGUAUUAUUCUGAAAAAAAUUGAUCCAAGAUGCGUGUUCACUGCAAAAAGUUCCAUAAGGAAAAAUGGAUUUGGAAAGAAAUUCUGGACUUUAAGACUUUAUUAAUGUUCGAUUUCAAUUUCUUUUUAUUUUUUUCCAGAGAGUCCUUUAAUUUUUUUAAUGUAAUAAAAAGUAAAUAGAAAAAAGAAAUAAAUUGAGUUAUAUUUAUUUUUCAAAAGAAAUGCAAACAAUAUUGGAUUUUUUUGAAGCUCAACUUUUUAAACUGCCCGAAAUUUCAAAUAAGAGCAGAAAAAAACCUUUUUUUCAGAAAAAUUUGCAAUCACGCGGUCAAAAAGACCAAUUUUUCCCAUUUUUUUCUGGUAAAAAAAUUUACAUAUAAAAUUAACUGUAAAAUCGAAAAAAAUUGCAUUAAUUAUUCUUCAGAUUUUCCCUGGGCCGUCAUUUCGCGAUCGGCCAAAGCCUUCUCAUUUUCCUCCAACGAUUUUUUUCGUUUUUUUCCUGUCUUUUUCUUGUUCCCUUCUGUGUACCAUUUGGAUCUUUUCGCGUAUGCUCAGGUUUAGAAAAUUCAAAAAAAAAACUAAUCAUAAGAAAAAAUUCAGAUCUUCGCUUCCUGUACAUAUCUGCUGUUCCAUGUCAUCGCCUUUUAUUACUACUUAAAUUCGCAGAAAAAACCGGCCGAAUUGUCACAAUUUGCUCAUUUUUCUAGUCUUUUACCGCAGAAAAGGUUCAUUUUUAGAAAAAAAAAACUUUGAAACAUUUUUUUUCCUUCAGAAAACUUGUUUUUAUUUUUUACGGUUUUUGAAAUUUUUGGGAUCAUUUUCUCGGAUUUUCCUGCUUCUUUGAAGAUCUUUUUGGUUCAUAAACAAGGAAAAUUAGAGAAGUUGUCGAAUUUCGGUUUCAAAUUUAAGAAAACUGAUUUUUCGAGCUCAAAAAGUUCAUUUUAAUAUUUUUAUCAUUACUAGAAAUAUCAUUACACAUUUAUGAGCCAUUUAUCAGAAGAUUGGUACUGAAAAAGAUCAAAAUUAAGUUUUUCAGCGCCGGAAUCGACAGAGAAUCACUAAAAGCCCUGUUCACCAUGUUCUCCCAUUCGAUUUUGAAGCAACUUUUGACGGAUGGAAGCGCCUAUGUCAUGACUUUCACCGAGCUUCUCACCUUGAAAAAUCAAGGUUUGGAGAAAAAUUUUCAAUGGGCAAAAUCGAAAUUGAUUCUGAGAAGUUCAAAGUUUAUACCAAUUUGUGCUUUUUUUAUAAAUGUUUAGUUGAGAUUUUUUUAGAACCGAAAUUUUUGAAAUUAACCUCCUUUUUGAUCUUCGAAUUAUCGAGUUAUCGGUUGAUUUUUUUCCAUUUUUUUCGGAUCGAUUUUUUUCAGCGCUGUGGGAAGUUUAGAUUUCUAGAUUCCUGGGCCAAUUUUUAAAAUCGAUCUUUCCUACUAAUGAGAAUCCUGUUGAUCUGCGAAAUAUCGAAUUAUCGAUUGAUUUCUCCUUAGAUACAUGAAUAUUUUAUGGAUUGACUCUUUGAGCCGUUUGUCAAGUUGUGAUUUAAUGAUCCCUAGGCAAAAUUUUGAAUUAAAACUCCCCCACCAUUGGAAAUCUUUAUAAAAUGCGAAAUAUCGAUUUAUUUUUCUUCAGAUUCAUUUGUAUCGCUUCUAUAAGUUUUCAGCCGUUUACGACGCGGUUGAACGAGUUGGAAGCUUGGCGGCACGGAUUAUCUUGGCGCCAAUGGAAGAAAAUUGCUACGCUUACUUUGCUAACAAUAUUCGGAAACAGAGUACUGUUUUCAAGAAGAAUUCGGUUGGUUUUAGAGAAUAACUUGAGAAAAACAGAAAAUAUCGUCGUGAAAUGGGAAAAUUUCUCCGUCGAAUAACUGUUUUCUAGAAGAAAUUGGUUGGUUUCGAUGAAAAAAUUUAAAAAAUUUCUGAGAAAUCGAAAAAAGAAACUCAGGAGAUGUGUUGAAAUCACUGAACGAAAAAUUUCAAAGUUCUUUUAUUUUUAUUUUUAGGCUUCAGUUGGCGAAAUAUGGGAAAAACAAGAAACAUUGCUGAAUAAAAAAAGAAAAUUCAGAGAAUUUUCUCAAAAAAUCAUGAAGUUUAUAUUCUGUGAAGGAAUUUCUGAUGAAGAGUUGAAAUUCUUUUUCCCCUUCUAGGAUUCGUAUGACGCCCUCGUCCAGACGCUGUCGACGAUUCUGCACGUGGUCGGCGUCGUCGGAUGCGUCGUCUGUGUCUUCGGAAUCCCCUACUCGGCCAACGUCGUCUACAUCUACGGCGGCAACCUGCUCUACGAGAAUCAAGGUGUGGAUUCUGCUCUUUGAGCCUUGGGAAGUGAACUGAAAAUCGGAAGUUUUUCACGGAAAAUUAUGACAAUCGGCGGUUUUUAGUUCAUAUUUUAAAAGUUAUUUUGAAAAUAAGCAAUUACCUUUACAAAACUCAACUUUUACAGCUUUUUUCUGUUUUUUUAUGGAUUUAUUCAAGGCAAGGCUCAUUUUUCGUACUGGCGAGCACUAAAAAAAGGAGCUUGAAAACUGGAAUUUUAAAAGAAUUGAUGAAGAAAAGGGGUUUGUGUUGAAAGUCAUGUUGUUUUAUUAUUUUUUUUUUAAAUUUAUUUCCACUCUCUAACUGAUUUUUUUCGACUUUGAUAGUAGCUUGUGCCUUUUUUUGACAGGCCUCAAAGGCAAUUUUUUUGAGCUCAGAUUCGGAUUCAGCGUAAAAAACCACAUCCAGUGGGAAUUUCAAAAGUCCCAUUAUGAUCUGAGAAAAUUCCCUAGUUUUCUUCAUUUUAUUUUUUUACUAACUGAAUUAUUUUGAAAUCACAUUUUGAGAUCAAAUUGGAGUUUUUUUCUCAACCUUUCUCCAUUCAGGAGCCCUUCUUCUGUCGCUUUAUUCGGUAUACGUCUGGGUGAUGGCUAUCAACGGGAUCACAGAGUGUUUUGCCAUGGCUAGUAUGGACAAUGUUGAGGUACUGGAAAAGCGUUUUAGUGGUCACUAUAGAGGCUCGCCAAGAACUACUUGUAGAGAACACUGAAGUGGCCACCAAACCCACCUCUAUAGUGGCCACUAUUUUCCGUUUUAGUGGCCACUAUAUAGGUUCUCUUUUUAGUGACCACUUCAGUAGUUUUUCAUUCAGUAUUCCCUCCAGUAACUCUGAUAGCUUUAAAAAAAACCGGUUGGACCAAUUAUGUUGAUCCAUUGACCCCUAAAGUGGCCACUGAAAUUUUUAGUAGUCUAGUAUUAGCACUUAGACCUGUAUAGUGACCACUAAUUUUUAACCCCAAAAGUGGCCACCAAUUUGACUAAACAUUUUCUCAGUUUAGCCCAAUUUUUCCCAGGUCGUCUCACACGGAAGCUUCCUGUUGGCCUCGGCAAUCGGCCAUCUUGUUCUGAACGUUUCCCUCUGCUUUUAUUUCAAUUCGGCUGGAUUUAUCAUUGCGAAUAUUGUUAAUAUGCUCGUCAGGAUCGUGUAUAGGUAUUUUUCAUUGUGAUAGCAGAAUUUUUGAAAUUUCUAUUCCAGUUGGAGACAUAUUCGAAGAUUUUUGGGCGAAAGAACGCCGCCCUUGACGACACUUUUCCCGACCCUGACCGUUCUGGGAUCGCUGGUCUUCUGCUUCUUCGCCACGUCCUUCUCCUACUUGGUAAUCCCGAGAUCAAAUUGAUUUUGGCGAUUUCACAGACUUCUCGUUUGAAAUGGUUACGCUAAAGUUGAAUAUCGGAACGCGGGAAAAAAAAAUUAGUCAUAUAGAGACUUUUAAGAACGAAAAUCGAAAUCUUGGAGUUUUUGGGCAUUAUUUUAUCGACAUUUUGGACUGUUCGCCUCAACCCAGUUUUACGCCUUGCAAAAUGUGAAUUCGGCGUAUUUCGAGAAACCUUUUUGAACGAAUAAUUUGUCUAUUUUCAAAUCGCUGAAGUUUUUCAAGCACUUUAUUAAGGUUCCGGUUUCUGGAAUAGUUUUUGAUCGGGUCUUGCAGCGGUAAACAUGUUGUUUGAAAAUCUUUUCAACGGUUAGAAGAUAAAUCGUAAAGUUGCGCUCUUUCUAAGGGAAAUUCACUUGAGGGAUCACUUUGCGGUUUUUUUUGUUAGAAGGGCUGCAAGAACUCAUAAUCAAGUGGAAAGUAUGCAUUUUUCAUUUGAAAAACUUGUGAAAAGGUGGAAUCACUUAAGUUAUCACUAAGUUGAAAAAAUCAUUAGAGGUUUUUUUUCAAACGAGGAAGAGGCAAUUCUUCUCUAGAAAGGUAAUUAAAUCACUUGAGGGGUUACUUAAUGGCCUAUGAUCUUCUCAAAGUCAGUAAUAGAUGGCUUUUUUGACGGCAUUUAUCUAAUUAAUUUUUUUUUUUAUGUUUUCCGUGAUGUAAACUAACGUGAACUUUAAUUUUAAAACUUUCGUGACCUUCUGGGUUUUUUAGCACAAAAAAGUGUAUCUACCGAAAUAAUGAUAAUUCGGUAGGUCUCUUAUAACGAUACGAUUUUCCAAGUUUUUUUUUUCGAAAUCAAUAGUCGAUUCACAAGCUUUUGAAAAAGUUCGAGAGCACAGGCUAGAAUAAAACUGCAAUAGGUUCCCUUUGCGAUAUUUAAAUUCAUUUUGACUUCCUGGAAAACUCCAAAAAGUUUUCUUGAAUCUGCGACAAUUACUUUAAAAACAGUUUGAAGCUUCAACUUUCCAAUUUUUUGCAGCUGUUCGGCUCGACGCCAGGAUUUUCUCACGCGGCCGUACAUAUCGCCAUUGGCGGCGUCCUUUUUGGACUGCUUUCUUUAAAUAUCGCCCAACAUGACCCAGUCUUCUCUACCCUUGUCAAUUCAGCUUUAAAGCCUCAUUAUAAUUAA